UUUGUUGCUACCUAAUGUUUCUGCUUGUUGACUUUGUAAAUGUUUUACACCAACAUUUGUUUUCUGUUUCAGAACCUUCAAAAUGGGCUGUUGCUCUAAGUUGAGAGUUAAUGCUACACCCGAAGGAUUCCUUAUCGUUCAAACAUUCCUAGAGGAACACCAAAACCACCCUAUGGAACCCGAACUCUUUGCCAUGUAUCCUGAGAGGCGCCACCUAGAUCCUGAAGAACAGACUAAAGUGGAAGAAAUGCUUGGGGCGAAAGCCAAAGCUAUGCUUAUCCAAGCAACCCUUUCAAAAUUCACUACCCCCCAAGACAUUGCUAAUGUCAGGACCCGUCUGCGACUCCAGGAGGAAAAAAGGUAUGGUUCGGAGACUGAGCAUCUAUUUGCCGUGUUAGAAGAAAUCAAUCAGUCUCCUGGAGGUACAAUUAUUAUUGGAGAAGAGCAAGAUAAAGAAUCUGAAGAUUCUGAAGACGAGGAGGAGAAUCUACCUGAGAAGAAGAAGAAAAUAAUGUUCAUUUUCUUUCAAACACCUGAAAUGGCAAAAAAUUUUAAGGAGUAUCCCGAAGUUGUGGGAAUGGACACCACAUACUGUGUGAACAAAAAUAAUAUGCCUCUUGUAGUCUUCAGAGUAACUGACCGUCAUGGGCAAGGUAAGCCGGCAGGCUACUGCCUAGUUUCUAAUGAGAAGUUAGACAUCAUGAGGCAAUCUGUCUUGGCUUUCAAAGAAGCCAACUCUGAAUUUAUUGAUAAGGUUCAAACAAUUGUUGUGGACAAAGACUACAACGAAAUAACUGUGCUAAAAGAAAUUUUACCUUGGGUGCAUAUUCAUUUGUGCAGUGUGCAUGUACUUGAGACUUUUAAGAGAGCCACAAAAGAAGAGGCAGACAAAGAUAAAGUCAGGGAGAUCCUGCAGAAU